AUGGCCCAACAACUCACCUCGCUCCGGCGCGUCGGCGUCGUCGCUAUAUGCGCUCUUGCUGUAGCCGCCGCUCCGCGGGCAACACCGACGAGCCAGUGGAACUGCCCCACAGCGUACACCAGCACGUUCACACAAACGCUGUCCAUCAUCGCACCGACGACGACGGGGCCCUUCGAGACGACAACGGGAACGGCUACAGGCUGGUUGUGGCCCUGGGUCACUGCGACGGAGACGAUCACGGACGCAGAGGGCGACGUGUAUGCGGACGUGUUCACGUACUCGAACUACGACGACUUCCCGCCGUACCCAUCCGAUUGCAGCUACUGGCAGCAAGCGUAA